AUGGCAGGUAAGGCAAUCUCCAUCUAUAAAGGACAGAUAGCUGUCCGAUGUCAAGGUCAGAAGACAUGCGCACAUCACAAAAAGAAGACAUUGGACUGGUUCUGUGAGACAUGUCAUGACGUCAUAUGUGUCGAUUGUAUUUCGUCAUUACACAAAGGUCAUAGCAUUGUUCCGUUGAGUGAAACUACUCCAAACAAUAAACUUAAAAUAAAAACGUUCAUCAAUGAAACAGAACAAAAGGAGCUGAUUGAAAUACAACAGGAAAUCAAUUCAAACCAGGAGAGUCUCAAAAAACACCUCAGCCAUUUCAAAAAUGUAGCAGAAGAAGUGAAAAGCAACGGAAUAAAACUGAAAAAAGACAUUGAUGUUCUUAUUGCUGAAACACUUUCACAAUUGAGGCAUUUAGAAAAUGAAAAUAUCCAACUCCUCACCAGUUAUAAGACAGAACUCGAAAGAAAACUUGCAGAUUUGAAGGAUCAACUAAACCAGUGUAAGGAAACCCUUCAGAAUGGCACAGAUAUCAAGGUAUUUGAUGUUACCAGUAGACUUCAUACAGACAUCACAUUACCUAGAAGACCCGUCCUGGGGACCGCCAAGUUUAGUCCAAACAAACAUCCUGACGAAUCUCUGAGGUUCGCAUUGGGGAAAAUGACGUUGACUUCAUCUGGCCAAUCUGAUGGUCAUGUCUUUGCUAAAGUCCACACAUCAGCUGGAUCAUCGGAUCAACAGCUAACACGACCUUCAGACCGAACGCCGCACAAGAUGACCCAUUCAGCAAAACUGGUCUCACAUCUACCAGACUUUCCGGUUCUCUCAAAAUGGAAUACUCCACACAGAUCUUACAUCAGAAAUAUCUGUCCUGCUAACGAUGGUGGUGUUUGGACAUAUGGAGCAGACCAGACAGUGACUCUUCUGACCAGUGAGGGAAGAAUUAAGCAGCAGAUAAAGAGCCCAGAUAGGAUAGCAAACAUCUGUGUAUCUCCCUGUACACAAAAAGUCUGGGCAUGCUUAUUUGGCUCAGUCGUGGAGCUGACAUCAGGUACAUUGGUCCGUAGAUUCAACACAAAGAGCGUACCAACGUGUCUGUGUGUUACUAAAGAUGAUCAUGUCCUUGUUGUGGCGAACCAUGAAAUCAUCAAGUACACUCAAGGAGGGAUGCCAAGCCCUAUGACAGCAUCACAGUCAAAGAAACCGCUAAUGCGUUCACCAAGAAUGAUAUCGGAGUGUCCGGUCAGUCAGAAUGUUGCUGUACUUGAUGGAGAUUGGCCAGGUGAUGGUGGAGAAAACAAACCACUUAUUAUAGUGAUGGACAAACAUAUACAGGAGUUAUAUAGGUACGGACAACACCAACACACCAGCAGGGCAAGAUCGCAGACUUUUGACCCCAGGGAUGUAGCGUACGACAGAUUCGGACAACUGGUGGUGGCUGACUUUAUCAACGACUGUCUUCAUCUACUGAGUGGUGAUGGACAAUACUUGGGACUGCUGCAUACUGAGAUAAACAGACCACAAUAUGUAUGUAUAGACAAGCAGGGAGUUCUAUGGGUGGCGUUUGGUAGUGUUUAUGGAGCCGAUGAAGUAAAACGACUUCAGUACACCAGUGAUUAAAUCAAACUGUAUACUAUCAUUUUUACGUGCAGACAGUCAUCUCUUACUUAUACUUCAGAUCUAUACUAGGACUGCCGAUGUUGAUCCUGACUCUCCAUAUAUUUUCAUAAUAAACUAUUUCGACUUUUUCCGUAGAAAAAUACAAUGAAAUCUUAAAAGUCAGUCAACGAGGAAAAAUCAUAUAGUGUUAAGAGAAAGUUACAUAAUUAUGCUUAAAUUAUUCUGGAAAAUGCCUUUGAAACAUUUAUUCCGUUACCAGUUCAAUAUACUUGACUACACUUGGACCAUGUCUCUCUGUUAUAGCCUAUGAUAUGCAUUGAAUUGAACUUGCAUGUACAAAUUGCAUUAUUUAGGCAAAUGUAUUUUCCAAAUUCAAAGGUUCCGCUCUUUGAAUAUGCCAUGAUAAG